CUCCUCCUCCUAAUCAUCCUAACCAUCGCCACCGCCAAUCAGUGAGAUGGCAGAGGAAGAUGAGCACAAACCCGGUCUCCGCCUCGAUCUAUUGCCAUGGGAGAUCCUCACAUCAAUAGCCACCCACCUGCGUCCUCGCCCACAUGCAUCCAUCUACCCUCACCCGCAGGCGACAUCCAUGGAUCUCUCAUCCGUCACGAUCCCUUCCAAGACGGCAAUGAAUGACCUCGUCUCCCUCGCCUUGACCUCACGUUCUUGCUACCUGGCUGCCCUUCCGCCUGUCUACUACGCACCUGCUCUGAUCAGUAACAAGCAAGUGCGCCUUCUCGCCAACUCCUUAGCUCGCGACAUCAUUCCCAGAGGACCACCAGGACAGAACGAGGGCCUGGAUCGAGAUGUGCAAGCCCAUCAUCGGCUGCGACAGCCGCAUCACUUGUUUCUGCCCAACGACGGCUUGAUGAUGGCAAACGAUGACGCCUCGGAUCAGACGGAGUGGGCACCUUCGCUCAGGAACAUCUUCAGGACGAGCUGCAGCCGACUGGACAGCGUGCUGCUGGGAGCCAGACCGGACGGUGCGAUGCUGAGCGAGUUCUUCGAUUCUGAAGUCGUUUCGAGGCCGAGAAGGGUGACGAUUCUCAAUUUCUACUCCUCCCCGCCCUUCUCGACAUACUCUCUCCUGCCUCUCGCCCAAUGCACUCACCUGCACCUCAUUCAACUCAUACCCCGUGACCCCCUCAUCAACUUCCUCUCUGGCCUCGCUCCCUCUUCAUCCCCUCAGGCCCGCCAUCACCCUCUUCGCACCCUCCGCCUCUCACAACUCCACUCCGAGUCACUCCUCGACUUUCCCGCCUACAUAACCUGGCGUCGCGCCUCAGACGCUUGGAACGCUCUGACCACCUCGGAGCGACGGGCACGCACAAAUGCUGGAGUCCCUCCACCGGCGCGACCGGCAAGAGUGCCAGCGAGACGGUUCGAGGCGCAGGAAACCUUGUAUAGUCUGGCGACAGUUGCUGGGCCGAGGCUGAGGGACUUUGGGUGUCUGAUCAUCGAGCUCGCUGAGUUGAGCAGAUUGGCCGAGCCUGAGGACGCGCCGCUCCUUGGCGGUGGAGCUACGGCCAUCGCCGUGGAUGCAACGACGGAAGCUGCUACUGGUGUGCUGCAGACAACGAAUGGCACAAUCGAUGCUGCGGCGUCUGCGGAGAGUGAAGAUGGCGAAAGUGCCAAUGAGCAGCUAAGAAGAGAGGUGGCAGACGACGCCGAGAGAGCACGCACGGCUUCGCGAGACGCCUACUGGAUCGAGACGAGAGCGGGCAGGGAGGCCUUGCGUGAGCUCUUUGAGGAGGCGAGGCGGGACGCUGUAGCCAAAGCUGGCACUGCUGCGGUCACCGUGGGCAACGGGCAAGAGGGAGAGACAGCAGCCUCGGCGGAGACGGAGACAGACACCGGCAUGCCCUCGGUCGAAGUCCGCAUCGUUGCUCCUCGCCCAGGAGGAUGGAGCAGCGAUGAGUGUCGACAGGACUUUGAGGCCCAAGUGCAGGCUUGCGAUUUGCAGUCAAGGAAGCGGCCGUCAGGUGUAGGAGUAGAGGAGGACGACGGCACCUGCUACUCAGAUCCGGACGUCUUCUGGCUGGCGGAGCAUCGGCCCUGGCUAAGCUACCAUGGUGCGUCGAUGGAGGAGUGGGAGGGGAGAGGCGAUACCGAAGGCGGCACUGGAAGGAAUGCACGGCGUUGGUGGUGGACUGGCAGCCUGCCGAGGGUGAAUGCCGGAGCGGGCACGAGAUAAUGUGAGGAACAGCAAACCAUCCAACUGUAAAUUAGACGUGACCACACGCAAUGCGAAUGAGCCGAGCAUGCCAACAUUCCUCCGCUCACUUCUCAUGAGCUGCCCUUAGACGCCGCCUUCUUCAGUGCGGCCAUGAUCGUCGGCAAGUACACCUUGCGGUUGGCCCUUGCGUUUCCCUGUUUCCACACUUGGGCCCGCACGAUGUCGUUGGACCCAUUUGUCGCUUCCAGCUUCCCACUCGUCCCAUCUAUGCCAGACACGCGCUCCUUCUUGCCCGUUGAAGACAGCCGCGCUCCCUUCCAGGGCGUCUGUAGCUCCAGCUGGUUGUGGGUUGGGUCCUCCAAGUCUGACCGCACAGCAUCGAAGAGGCUCCCCACCUCCUGCGCAGAGGUCUCACUGGAGGAACGCAUAGCAAACACCAGCUCCCUCUUGUGCUU